ACUCACAGCCCACGUCCCUAUUUAAUCAGCUGCGGCUCCGGACAAAGCCGGCCUGAGCUGAAGCCGCCGAUCUCAACAGUGUCCAAGUCCGGCUCAGUGUUCAGGGCGAUGGGGGUCGUUCCGUAUCUCUGUCUCCUCCUGUCUUGUCUGGCAGGCGUGCGGUCCGACAUCGUGCUGACACAGCCCGAGUCAGCGGUGGUAAAGCCCGGACAGUCUCACACACUGACCUGUGCGGUCAGUGGGUUCAGCCUCAGCUACUAUAGCAUGCACUGGGUGAAACAGGUCCCCGGGAAAGGGCUGGAGUGGCUGGCGUAUAUAUCGAGUGGUGGUAACAAGUAUUACGUGCCUGGAGUCCAGAGCCGGUUCACCAUUUCCAAGGGCCACAGCACCGUCUAUCUGCAAAUGACCAGCCUGAGACUGGACGACACGGCCACCUAUUACUGUGCGAGAGACACAGUGAGAGAGACCGGGACUGGACCGGGACAAAAACCCAGCGAGAGCGCCUGCCCUUCGGGCGCCGAGGGAAAGGGCAGCAGUGAUCGCCACAGCCGUAUCCCGGUCGUUCUGGGCCACAUCCGCUCGUCCACGCAAUGGAAGGCGGGUUGUCAGCGGGGAUUCCCGAGAAGAGAUGCUGGAUGGAUGGGCCGAGGGGCCGGCCGGCUCUGGGAUCCACUGGAUUUCGGGCUGGAUGUGAUGAAGGCGGUUUGUGACCUGUGUUUUGCUGAGAUUAUUGGAUGUGACGGGCAAGUGAAGUUACUGCACUGGGUGAAUGGGGAGACGGGGCACUGUGACUAUCUUGGCUACUGUGGCGGAGGAACCUCGCUGACAGUGACUUCAGAUGUCAAAUCCAUGCCAUCAGUCUACAUCACCUCGUCCACCAGCACAGAAACUCAACAAGACGUCAGCCUCCUCUGCUUGGUGAAGGACUUUGAGUCUACUAGCAUCACUUCAACAUGGUCCACUGACACUGGAGAGAUCACAGCUGGGAUCAAGCAGAGCCCAGUAGUCCUGGGGCAAAAUAUGAAGUACAUGAUGAGCAGCUUGCUCCGAGUUCCUGCAGCAGAUUGGAACAGCAACAAAGUCUACACCUGCAAGGCAGGGUACAAGCCAGACAAAAUAAAACAAGCUGAAGUGCAGAGACGUCAAGUCAGAACUCAGCCUCCAGAGAUCAGUUCCCUUGUUCCAACCUUGAAGGAUGUCCACAGUCAACAACAAGCUAUCCUGGGCUGUUUGAUAUCCGGAUUUUAUCCCAACCAGAUACAGGUUUCCUGGAGAAAAGCUGGAUCCAUUCAAAUGGGUACCACUCUCCCCUCGACAAUGAGAAACUGCUCAACCUUUGAAACCAUCAAUUACCUGACGGUGCCGAUGGACCAGUGGACCAGUGGAGACAAGUACACUUGUGAAGUGACCCACACACCUUCCAAUUUCCAGAAAAGCAUCAACGUGACAUAUCAAAGUGAAUUGUUUGUCUUUAUUCAAAACCCUGACAUUGAAGAGAUGUGGAUCGACAAGACUGCUACCGUGAAGUGCACGGUUAUCUGUACAGAUCCCGAAGAUAUCGACAUCUCUUGGCACGUGGGCGGGAAGGAGAAAACAAAUGGAAUUCACACCCAUCAAGCGGAGAGGGACGGGUCCCAAUCCAGAGUGCUCAGCGAACUCCAGAUCAGUGUGGAGGAGUGGUUCAGUGGGGUAGAGUACGAGUGCUCUGCUCAGGGAUCUCCUUCAUCUUCCCGAGUGUCAGCACGGACCAAUAGUACCAAAGUCGAGAUAAAAAGUCCCAAGGUCAGACUGCUGCCUCCACCUCAGGAAGAGACCAAGAAAAGGAAAACGGCCACACUGGAGUGUGUGGUCUCCGGAUUCUACCCGGACCAAAUAAAUGUUAUCUGGGAGAAAGACAACACCGUGAUCAACACCAACACCAGCGCUACACCGACCUCUCUGGAGCAGGGGUGGACUUUCAGUACCAGACACUUCCUGACUGUGAGUUUACAGGAGUGGAAGACAGAAUCAGUCUUCAGCUGUACCGUGAUUCAUCGUCCCUCCAACACCCGUAUCAAGAAGCAAGUGAAGAACGUCCAAGAAUUGUCCGUCUUUAUUCAAAAUCCUUACAUUGAACAGCUGUGGAUCGACAAGACUGCUACUGUGAAGUGCACGGUUAUAUGUACAGAUCCCGAAGAUAUCCACAUCUCUUGGCACGUGGGCGGGAAGGAGAAAACUACAGGAAUUGUCCAACAACAACAGCAGGCGGACAGGUCCCGAUACAGAGUGCUCAGUGAACUCCAGAUCAGCGUGGAGGAGUGGUUAAGUGGGGUAGAGUAUGAGUGCUCCGCUCAGGGAUCUCCUUCAUCUCCCCGAGUGUCUGCACGGACCAAUAGUACCAAAGUCGAGAUAAAAAGUCCCAAGAUCAGACUGCUGCCUCCAUCACAGGAAGAGACCAAGAAUAAGAAAACGGCCACACUGGAGUGUGUGGUCUCUGGGUUCUACCCGGACCAAAUAAAUGUCAUCUGGGAGAAACACAACACCGUGAUCACCUUCAACACCACUGCUACACCGACCGCUCUGGAGCAGGGGUGGACUUUCAGUGCCAGACACUUCCUGACCGUGAGUUUACAGGAGUGGAAUACAGAAUCAGUCUUCAGCUGUACCGUGAUUCAUCGACCCUCCAACACCCGUAUCAAGAAGCAAGUGAAGAACGUCCAAGAAUUGUCAGUCUUUAUUCAAAAUCCCGACAUUGAAGAGAUAUGGAUCGACAAGACUGCUACUGUGAAGUGCACGGUUCUCUGUGCAGAUCCCGAAGAUAUCCACAUCUCUUGGCACGUGGGCAAGAAGGAGAAAACUAAAGGAAUUCACACCCAUCAAGCGGAGAGGGACGGGUCCCGAUACAGAGUGCUCAGUGAACUCCAGAUCAGUGUGGAGGAGUGGUUCAGUGGGGUGGAGUACGAGUGCUCUGCUCAGGAAUCUCCUUCAUCUUCCCGAGUGUCAGCGCAGACCAAUAGUACCAAAGUCGAGAUAAAAAGUCCCAAGGUCAGACUGCUGCCUCCAACUCAGGAAGAGACCAAGAAAAGGAAAACAGCUACACUGGAGUGUGUGGUCUCUGGGUUCUACCCGGACCAAAUAAAUGUCAUCUGGGAGAAAGGCAGCACCGUGAUCACCUCCAACACCAGCGCUACAUCGACCACUCUGGAGCAGGGGUGGACUUUCAGUGCCAAACACUUCCUGACCGUGAGUUUACAGGAGUGGAAGACAGAAUCAGUCUUCAGCUGUACAGUGAUUCAUCCCCCCUCCAACACCCGUAUCAAGAAGCAAGUGAAGAACGUCCAAGAUGACUGUUCAGAUACCCACCCCUCAGUCACUUUAAGCAAACCUUCCUUCGAAGAGAUCUGGACGAAAAGGACAGCGACCAUUCUGUGUGAGGUGGUUCACAGUGAUUUACUGGGAUUCAGUGUAACCUGGCAGGUGGAUGGAAGGAAGGAAGAUGGGGUGAGGACUCUGGGUCCAGACAGCAAUGGAGGUGAAGACAAGAUCACCAGCAGACUGACAGUCCCUGCUGCAGACUGGAACAAUGGGGCUGAGUACUCGUGUGUGAUAGAAGACAAGAGUUUGCCAACACCGGUGAAGAAAUCCAUCAGGAAGAACACAGGUGGUGUUGUGACUCGUCCUCAGGUCUACCUCCUCCCACCUUCAUCGGAUGAGGUAGACACCGAUCAGACUGGGACCUUGAUGUGCCUGGUCACCAAGUUCUCUCCCGCAGACAUCUAUGUGGCCUGGAUGGCCAAUGACACCCUUCUGAAGACAGGGUUUGUGAACCAGCCGGUGACCACGGACCCCAGAAAAGGCUGGAACACAAUGACCAGUCAGCUGAAGGUUUCUCCUGAGGAGUGGAAGAGCGGCACCACUUUCUCCUGUGUGGUGGGUCAUGAGUCGCUCACAACCAACCUGUUCCGAAGCAUCAAUAAAUCUCACAGCAAACCCACCCUGGUCAACGUCUCACUUGUUCUGACUGAUAGUUUUAAAUCUUGUGUGUAACACUGUGUGAUUCAAUCCAUGAAACCCUAGUUUUGUUAGUUUUAUGAUUAUUAGUUAUCAGAGAGGAUUAUUUAGCUGUUUAAAACAUGAUAAAAAGCUGGACCUUUUAAAAUAAUUAAAAAUGAAAUUAAGAUCUAGAACCAAAUUAAACAAUAAACAUGAUUCAGCCCAAAUCUCUGAAUUUGUGUGUACAUUCUCAGACCUUCUUCUGCCAUGCUUGAAUGGAUUUCAACCCUGUGUGGGAUGGCACAAUGUAUUAAAUCUUUGUAUCUGUCAAUGUACCGAUCCAAGUUCAAUAAAUAUGACAUAAGUAUGUCUUGGUUGUGAUUUUUGGUGAUGGAAAAUAAGGAACUUUCAACAUGAGGUGGGGUGGGUGACGCACACUCAGGGAGAAAUAGUAAUCUUUGUAUCUAUGGUGUCUAAACCCUUCCUGCAUCUGGAAUCCCAACAAUCAGCUGUCAACAAAUGGUCAGAGAAAUUUGAACCUACGGCCAUCUGACAAAGAGUUGAGAGUGCCAACCACUGACCAGACAAUAUAUUUGUGUCAAAGAUGUCAGAUCACUGUUUGAGGACUCCUUGUCCCCACUAACUUGGCUGCUCCUCAUCUCGUGCCUGU